AUGGCUACAAUUGGUUUUGGGUGGACCCAGUUCUCCGCCAAGCUAAAAGAGAGAUUCUAUCCUGAUGAGUUGCGCUGGCAAAAACAGGAGGAGUUUCUAUCUCUGACUCAAUGGAGUAUGGACAUCCAGAAGUACACCGACCGCUUCACGGAGCUGUCUAAGCUUGCUGGUACUGUCAUUGCCACCGAAGCUGAGAGGGUUAAGAGAUAUAUAAAGAAGAUGAAUCCGAGGGUAAGGACCCUGGUGCUGUGUUCAGGGGUUACUACAUUUCAAGCUGCUUAUGAGAUGGCCCUUAGUGUUCAUGCAUCAGUGAGAGAGGAAGAAGCUGUUAAGGCCGCAUCUGUGAGGAAGCCUUUUCCGUCAGUUGCUCCUGGUCCGGCUAAGAAGCCGAGGGAAGCGGGUCACAAGAGUUAUGAGUGUCCCAAGAAUCCGAGGGCUACAGCUAAGCCCCCUGUUCCUCCUAGUCAUUAUGCUCCGCCAAAGAAUCGGGUUUACAGCAUGACUCAUUCCGACGCCAAACAUCCCGACGUCAUCUCUGGUACCUUUCUUGUUAAUUCUGUUCCUGCUUCUGUGUUGUUUGAUUCUGGUGCUUCGUUGUCUUGUGUGUCUAAUUCUUUUGCCAAGAAAGCUAAAUUGACUUCGAGUUCUCCUAUUCGAACUCUUAUUUCUCUACCUUCUGGUGAGAAUUACCCUUGUUUGGCCGAGUAUUGUGGAGUGCCUAUCUCUGUGUUGGGUAUUAAUCUUCUUGCCGAUCUUACGGCAUUCUCCAUGGUCGAGUUUCAUGUUAUUUUGGGCAUGGACUGGUUGUUUAAGUAUCGUGCUCAGAUUCAUUGCCGCGAUCAAAAAAAAGGGGAGCAAGUGUUCCUCUGCAUGGUGAAAGAUUUGACCCGAGAAGUGAAGUUAGAGGACAUUCCCGUUGUCCGUGAGUAUCCGGACGUUUUUCCUGAUGAGCUACCGGGUAUCCCUCCUGAAAGAGAAGUUGAGUUCAGCAUUGACUUGACUCCUGGUACUGCUCCUCUGUCAAAGGCCCCGUAUAGGAUGGCGCCUGCUGAGUUGCAAGAGUUGAAGACUCAGUUGCAAGAAUUGAUUGAUAAGGGAUUUAUUAGGCCAAGUGUCUCGCCGUGGGGUGCUCCUGUUCUGUUUGUCAAAAGAAAUAUGGGAGUAUGCAGCUUUGCAUCGACUAUCGUGAAUUGA